GGUGGAUGGAGCGAGCACGUGUUUGCAUAGCCUAUUGGUGGUGGCGAUCGCGUGAUGAGUUGUCUCGUUGGCGGCUGCGCCUUCUCGUCAUUGGCCGUGCCGUUCGAGCAUUCUCCCAGCAUCCUCCCUUCUUAUUUCCUCCUCAUCUCCCUCUCACCACCCUUCUCCCCCCGCAUACCUGUUUCCAGCGACGACCAUCCUCCCGCCGCUAUGAGCGAUGUGCUCUCCCCGCCUUCACGCCGUCGGCACGGAAGGUCAUCUUCAACAGCAGUAAUUGACAUACGCAGCAUCCAACGAUCGCAGUCGUACCCGCGCCCGAGCAGCAGCGGAGGGCUGCCAAUAUACCCCCCGGAGCUGACCGCGGAAUCACCAGGCGCGAGCAGCUCUCGCAUGGCAGCCUCGAGAAUCGUCAGCACGAUGAGGAGACCAUUCAGCGCGAGGCAGAAGCGGGACCAGAGCCCCAUGGACUCGGGCAUGUACUCAACCCCUGAGGAGAGUAGAGCCCCUAUACCCUCGCCGUACAGCGUGCGCGACGCACCACGUCCCACCAUCCAGCAGAUCGCUAUGGGCCUUCACGUAUCCCGCACUCCCCACCUCCGCUCGCCACGCGCAACCUCUCCACCGGGCAGCCCGCGUGGAAGAUCUGGAUCACAGCCAGUAUCGAGUUACAAGCGUGUCGGCAUGAAUAUACCCUCACGCAGCACACCCAUCAUCCUCCCACCACCGCCCCCACGCUCCUCCCUCAAAAAGCCAGGCUCGCCUACAAAAUCUGCGACCGCUUCUCUGACACCCUCUACCUCGGACCUAUCGCUGACGGGCUCUACGCUCACGAUGAGCGCGCCGCCGACGCCUUCCGCGCGCUCACACCGCGCUGCGUCCGUGUCCAUAUUCCCUGCGCGCCUGCAGAUGAGCAUGUCGCGGAUCUUGCGCGUGCCGAGUCGGAAGGAGUCGGCAGCAUCUACCCCUCUGCGCGCGGACGACGAUUCGAUGUCAAGCGUAUCGAGCGAGUCGCCUCGGAAGAUGGUGCGCUUCUCGAGCUCGCCUGUCGUUCCACGAGUGGAAACGGACGUGACAUUUUGAUGGCGUGCUGGCAUGUUCGAAUCCAAUCUAUCACUGGUGUUUAAUGUGCGUAUGCUGUAGCGUUUGUCGACGGUGCUCCGUGUUGUUGUCCUCCUCAUUCGCAUGUGUGGCAUAUGGUCUUGCAAGUGGCAUGUGUUCAUUUUGGUGCAUUGCUAGCGCUGUAUUUGGCAUCCCGUAGCAGUAGAGUAGUUAGAAGGUCCUCCAUCUGCAUUGCAUAUCUCAGUGUUUGUAUCUUUACCCAUUCAUCAUCGGCAAUCACACGGUACUAUUUGCGUUC